CGGCCGAGGAAAUUCAAAAUAGUAACGCUGGGCUUUCCCUACUAAAACGGUGUACGACAAUUCCUCACUACAAUGCAGAAUAAGGAAAAUGAUGAGCCCAGGGGUUUCCAGCGACCUUUUGCAACCCCAAGCAUGGUGGCAGGCCCACAGCGUGUUCAGGUGAAGCCACGGAUGGAGAUGGACAAAAAUGCCGUCACAGGCCCUGGGAGGGAGUGUGUUGGCUCAUCCUCCAGUGCAGCUGUGAAGAGAAUCUCCAUCGAUGACUUUGACAUCGGUCGGCCACUAGGGAAGGGCAAAUUUGGUAAUGUCUACCUUGCCAGGGUGAAGAAGCUGCAGGCCAUUGUGGCACUGAAAGUGUUGUUCAAGUCUCAGAUGGAGAAGGAGGGCGUAGAGCACCAACUCAGGAGGGAGAUUGAGAUUCAGGCACAUCUCAAACACCCCAACAUUCUGCGCUUCUACAAUUAUUUCCAUGACCGUAAGAGGGUCUACUUGGUGCUUGAGUAUGCCCCACGCGGUGAAUUGUACAAGGAGCUGCAGAGAUGUGGAAGAUUUGACGACCAGCGUACUGCGACAUACAUGGAGGAGAUAUCUGAUGCACUGAUGUAUUGCCAUGAGAAGAAAGUGAUUCAUCGGGACAUCAAGCCAGAGAACCUGCUUCUCGGCUAUCGUGGAGAGCUGAAAAUUGCAGAUUUUGGUUGGUCUGUCCAUGCACCAUCUCUAAGACGUCGUACAAUGUGCGGGACGCUGGACUACCUCCCUCCAGAGAUGAUUGAGGGCCACACCCACAGUGAGAAGGUGGACCUGUGGUGCAUUGGGGUUCUCUGCUACGAGUGCUUGGUCGGCAACCCACCUUUUGAAACUGCCAGCCAUACAGAAACGUACAAGAGAAUUACGAAGGUGGAUUUGAAGUUCUCUAAAAAUAUCUCAGAUGGUGCACGGGACUUGAUCACCAAGCUGCUACGCUACAGCCCCAUCGCUCGUCUUUCACUACAGGGGGUCAUUGAUCACCAAUGGGUGCGCACCAACUCCCGCCGAGUCCUACCGCCCAUCUGCCCCGCCAAGAACUCCUGAGCUCCUGCCUGCGUACCUCCCACUGAGGGGUGUUUUAUCUGUACUUCACAAGAGACUCUGGGCCAGCAUGUUUCGGUUUCACUGCCAUGGGCUUCAAACUGCCAUUAUUCUGGCACACUUUAUGAUGGGUAUAAAUACAUGCCCACUUUUUUUUUUAUAUAUUUUUUUUAUAUUGUCCAGUGUGACAUCAUUAUCUGUCUAGUAUGUUGCCUAAAGGUGUUUAUUGUUUUUAUUGCCAUUUCUUCUCUGACACUUUUUGAAAUGGACACGGCUCUAUUUUGGAUUUCUGUAUCUGAUGGUGUUGACACACAAGUGCUACUGUUGGACUGAUUUAUAGCUGCCUGUGUUCUCAAAUAGUUUAAGAUGAGAUGUUGAGGGUUGGGAUGGAAAGCAUUUAUUUUAUUUUUUAUUCCUUAAGCUAUCCUUUAAAUUUCUAAUAAAUGUUAUAAAAUAA